UCACCUAGUAUAAAUAAUACCUAAAGAUUGUAAAAGGUAAAAACCUAAUAAGCAUCUAAAGUUUCGUUACCGUCACGUCUCGUAGCUAGCCACCUCCCUCGCGCCUUCUUUUAAUCCAUUGGAUGAUGACAAUGACAAGAGAGGCAUUGAGAUUGCUCGAUCUUCCAUGGGAUUUGGUACUUGAGAUACUCUAUAGAGUUCCGGCUACAUCUCUGGGACGAUUAAGUUUUACUUGCAAGCGAUGGAACGCUCUAUUCAAAGAUCUAUUCAAAGAUGACGAGUUCAUCAAGAAGCACUUGGACAAAGCAGCAAAACAGCGUAUAGUUCUCAUGUCGAGAAAUUCAAAGAAGUUUUAUUCAAUGAAUGUAAAUCUCGAUCCCGACAACUCUGUUGAUCCACAAACAAAGUUGCUUAACCUCAAAGUUUUCCACUGUCCGGAACAACUCAAGAUAUAUCAAAUAUUUCACUGCGACGGGUUGUUGUUAUGCAGCACACGGGACAAAAGACUCGUGGUUUGGAACCCUUGUACUGGCCUAAUCAGGUGGAUCCCAUUCACUGGUCUUUUCAAGGAUCACUCGGAGUUUGCCCUUGGAUACGAAAACAAUAACAAGUCUUGCCAAACCUAUAAAAUCUUGAGAUGCAGCUGGGAUUUUCUUGCCGCAGAAUUUCGAGAUGUUGACUCUGCAAUCUAUGAUUUUGAGUCUGAUUCUUGGAAGGAUCUUAUUGACGUGUUUCCCAAUAACUGCAGUAGAAUAAUAUCAAAGGCAGUAUCUUUGAAGGGGAAUAUUUAUUGGAUUGCCAAUAUAGAUGAUGAAGAUGAUGAAGAAGAUGUCUUACUUAGUUUCGAUUUUUCAACAGAGAAGUUUAAGUGUUUAUCUAUUCGAUUUUGGAGUGGCCAUCAUGAUUUUCUUCCUACAACUCUCUCAGUUGUUGGAGAAGAACGACUGGCAGUAUUGUAUAGCAGCUAUUCUCAACCACAAAAGAUUGAGAUAUGGACGACGACACAUGAUAAGAUUGAUCAGGCCACACUUGUGUCGUGGACCAAAUUUUUAUCACUGGAACUAGAUGGGAAUAAGCCUCAGGUGGAUCUUUCAUGUGACGCAACUUUCUUUAUCGACGAGGAGAAGAAAGCGGCCGUGUUAUGCGAUCUGGAAUGUAUAAAGAAGAAGUGGAAGAAUAUGGUAUACAUUGUUGGAGAGGACAAUCGGUUCAGGAAAAUACCCGUAGGAGUAGUAUACAAAGAAAAAAAAGAUAUACCCUUAGGAGAAAAUGAUUUUUCUUUGGGUCCAGUUAUUCACAAUUAUGUUCCAAGCUUGGUUCGAAUCCAACAGGGUGGAGUCAUGACACGAGAACGAAAAAGGAAAAAUAGGCAUUAGUGGUUUAUCAAACCACCGAAAAGGGAUUUUUCGGUGUUAGAGUGUUUUGAGUUGAUCUUUACAUUAUACACAUCUUCGGAUAUUUAAUAGUUUUAAAGUU